AUGACUCCUCCUGGCACUUCGCUUGAAGUAUAUGAGGCCGCCUACACCAAGAUGACAUCAAUAUUUGCCCCAACUUCGAAAAACGGCGAAGGUUUUGACCGCCGAGACAUUAAGAUCAUUCUACCGAACCCAUCAGAGCCCAAGCUCAAAGGAUCAAAGACUUCAGACAAAGGUCCUUGGAUAACUGUUGUGGGUCAUGAGCUCGAACAAUUCUCAAAGGAAGAGUGGGCAAUGUUGAAGGUUCCUUUGGGCAUGGCUGCCAUGUAUACUCAACCAAUGUGGGAAAAGUACAAUGAGGAUCUUUGUAAACUCACUGAUCAGGACAGGGCCAAGGGGCCAAUCAUCGCACCAAGGUGUGGACAUUUUGUCCACAAAGACAACCCGCCGUUUGUCGCUGAGCAGCUAGAAGAUCUCAUCAUGAAAGUUGAAAGUUCCAAAUGA